AACGUCAUGGCCGAAGUACUAUGUACAAAAUUAUUAUAAAAGUUUCAAAUGUGUUAUGUGAAGUUUUACAAAAGAAAUAUGUUUCUUUAGCAAAAAGAAAUGAGUGGCCAUGGAUAGCACAUUAUUUUUAUGAGAUAUAGAACUUUCUAAAUUGCAUCGGAGCCCUGGAUGGUAAACACAUUCGUGCUAUGGCCCCAACAAAUUCAGGCUCAUAUUUUUAUUGUUACAAAAAACAUUUUAGCAUUAUAUUGUUGGGCAUGGCUGAUGCCUUUCGUCGUUCAAUCUGGGUCAGCAUAGGAGAUUUUGGCUCAUCAAAUGAUGCCGGUGUCUUCCAAUGGAGUGAUUCAGGACAAGCUUUGAAUCUAGGACAAAUAGAUUUACCUACACCUACUGCAUUACCAAGAACUGAUACAAUUUGCCCUUACUUUAUUGUGGCAGUUGGAGCUUUUCCGUUAAAAGAUUACCUCAUGAAGCCUUACACCAGAGUAAUGAAUUUACCGAUAGACCAAAAAAUUUUUAACUAUCGUCUCUCAAGAGCACGAUUAGUCAUAGAAUGUGCAUUUGGAUUAUUGACAAAAAAGUGGCGAAUCCAUUGAAUUGGAAAUUGGGUAAUCUUGAGAAGGUUAUCAUGAGUCUAGUUUGUCUACAUAACUUUCUUAUAACU